AUGGCUCCUCCGUGUGUCAGGGUGCCUGAACAGUCCUUGUUUUUGUUUACGAUAAUUACUCUCUCGCUAUGCUGGAAUUUACAAGGAAGCCGUAUCAGUGACCUCGACAGCUGCGAAAAUCUACAUCUUGGACAGUAUCUUUGUUUGGACCCAGAAAUAAAUGAUGCAACACAGGAACCAGAAGCCUGCAAAGAUUUAGUUGCAUGGGUGCAGUGUAAACCAGCCCCAAAUGUCACCUGCCAACUAGCCAAUGGGACAAGGUUUAAAUUCAGUGGAGAAGAAGUUGGUUUCAACAGAAGUAUUCCCUGCAGGAAUGUGAGAGGAUACUCUUACAAAGUUGCUGUAGCUUUGUCUCUCUUCCUUGGAUGGCUUGGGGCAGAUAGAUUCUACCUUGGGUAUCCAGCCUUAGGCCUGCUGAAGUUCUGCACUGUGGGUUUCUGUGGGAUUGGCAGCUUGGUGGAUUUCAUGCUAAUUGCCAUGCAAAUUGUAGGGCCAUCUGAUGGAUCAGACUACAUUGUGGAUUACUAUGGAGCUCGGCUGGUUCAUCUCUCCAUCACAAAUGAGACCUAUAGAAGAACACAGCUCUCCUUAUGAAAAGAAACAUGUGGAGGAAUGUUCACUGAUCCAUAGGCUGAUCGGGAGACUGGUUUUCCUAGGAAUACCUCCAGACUUGUUUUUCUGGAGACAUCUUUGAUGAGAACUCACAUUGAAGGGCAGUGGUGAUAGACUGGGCAGUGGAUUUCUUAAGAUGCAGCGCUACUCUUACAAAUAGACUGGGUCUGGAAUCUAUGUAAAUACUGUGUUGUAUAUAUUCUGAAUAAUAGAAUGACUGUCUGGACUGGCUUGAGAGCUGUCGAUGGUCACUUUUAUGUCUCUUUAAUUCCAACCUCAUUCACUUCACUUCAUUCAUCCCCAUUCAUUUGUAUUCCUGAACUCUGAUUUUUUUUUUUUUUUUUUACCAGUGAUUCAUAUAGUACUGAAGUAUUUGCUCCUGCUAUAUAGUUCAGGCUGAUGUGUAAGUGUGACCUUGAAAAACCUUGAACCAAGUUAUUAGUAUCAACAGUUUAUAGCCUAGUUCAAUUAUUUCAUCUGGUCAUCAUAAUCAUAAAAUAUACAUAGCUCAUUAUGUUGUUGUUCACCUGACAUGGACUACUUUGUACAGACACUAAUACUGCUUUCACACAUGAAUCCUGAUGGACUAAAUUAUAUCACCGCCGGUCAGACAUAGUUUUCUUUGAACUAUGUUCACAGUUCUCGUAAGACAUUAAGAUGACAUGAUUAACUUGCUGCCUGUUGACUGUGUGUGGAUUGUAUGGCUGAGAGGCUACUGUGCAGCCUUUUGCAAGUCGUAAAUAAAUUGUUGGAUUGUUUUAUAUGUCACACUCA